UGCCAUACAGCUUCCAAGAUGGCGUCAACCCAGGUUGCCACGGAUCUUCUGUCUACGGACUCAAUGUGGACAACAGAAGGACCGAACGCGACAGAACCGGAGCAGCCUGUAUCGAACCGGUUGACCGGAAGUGACCUUGUGUCCGUGAUUAUAUACUGGACCACAGGGUGCAUCGGGGUCAUUGGUAACGCUUUAGUCAUGAUCGUCUUUAGACAUCUCAGGUCCAAAAGAAGUCAGGCAAACCUCUUCAUCCUCAACCAGUCCCUCGCAGAUUUCGUCACUUCGUUGUUCAUCAUUACGUUUGGAACAACUAGGAUCGUACGCCAUAGGCUGUCGCACUUCGGAGCGUCUGGGUUCUUCCUCUGUCGAUUCUGGUGGUCGCGAUUCUUUGUCUUCUCUGGUUUUGCAGUGUCCACUUUCAAUCUUACCGCAAUGUCCAUCGAGCGGUACAUAGCAGUGGUACACCCGCUCAAGUACCAAGUGUUCUUCAAGCGACGCAAUACCAUCAUCGUAAUCCUGAUUGUGUGGAUCGUCGGACCAAUAAUGCAGUGGGUGUUUCCCAUCUGGCAGUAUGCUAGUGUUGACGGAAGCUGCAUAUUUCAGUCCUCGUGGAGCAAAGUCCACGGAAUCGUCGUCGGUGUGGUUCUUUUCUGUUGGGAGUACUUCUUUCCGUGCCUUAUCAUGUCAUUCGCGUAUGUUACGAUUCUACGCACCUUACGCAUCAAAGAGCGCCAGGUUCAUGCCCAGGUCGGUGCUCCUGAUCAAGGUGGCGGACCGAAGCAGGACACCAACGGCAAACCCAAAGGCCCCAACAACAAGAACAACGCAACAUCCAAGCAAGCUCAAGCCCGACGCAAGAAUGUCACCGUGACGCUCUUCAUCCUCUUCAUCGUUUACUUUGUCUGUUGGAGCCCGAACCAGUUUACGUUCCUGCAAUUCAACCUAGGUGGUCCACUCAACUUCGACGGCAUCUGGUAUCACUUUACAGUCGUGGCCGCCUUCUGUAACACGUGUAUCAAUCCAUUCAUUUACGCGUUGAAACACAGGCAGUUCCAGGAAGGGCUGAAGUCGCUGUUCUGCCGCGGAAAGGGUGAUCAGAGAGGUAACGGAAGUAGCCAACCUGGUGCAAGUCAAGGUGGCACCGUAGUCGAUUGACAAAGAGAGUUUGUGACGGUACGCAACUCGUCACAUAAUGCUCCGAACGAGGAUUUUAGCAGUAUCGAAGCCAUUGAUACAAACAUACGCACCAAUAGUCCUCCGAGCCUUCCUUCCAGCAAUGAUAUCCACAAACCACCUAGGAAUACUUCAAUAGUGAAAAACUCAAUGAUGAUUUCCACAGGCCACGUAACGCAAGGAUCAAUCCUGUCCGAUGGAAGUGAUCUUGAUGAAACUGUUCCAGCUGCUGCCAACGAUGACUUUAUCAAAUCAAAUGAAAACACUCAAAGUGAAUAUGACAAUGGUGACUUGGCUGCUGUAAAUGGACAAACGGAUGUUCAACCAAUGAACACACUUCUUGUAGAUGCAGAUGACGCCAAUAGAAAAAGCCACCGGAUGGUCAAAUGGCUUGAUCAGGAAAAGCAUUGUUCGAGUGCGAGUUCUCUUUAGAAUUGCUACUCAAUCGAACUUAAAAUAAGUUCAUAUCUUAUACAGAUCGCAGUUUUUCCACGCAUCAUUCUAAGAAGGUAAUGGAGAGUUUCUUGGUCUAAUGGAUACGUCACCAUAGCCCUUUUUCUUACCCCCACACCUAAAAAAAACUCAGGAUAGUUUUACUAGUGUUUCGUAACGGAUAAGCGACCAAAUAUUCUCUUCUGUCGCCAGUUCUCCCUCUUCAUACCACGUAAGCUAAAACAAUAUUUAUACAAUCAAGAAGUGUACGCUUAAACUGUGAUUUAUUAUGUCAGUACUGCUAUCUUGUCUAAAUAUCUCUUAACAGUUCGGGAGUUUCAAUAUAACUGGUUUAAAGUAAGUUCAUAUCUUAUGCAGAUCGUAGAUGUUGAGAUUUGGGAGCAAUAACGUUUUUUUUUGCUUGUUACCCUGAUUUCUAGUGCUGCCUAUGGUAAAUAACAUACGCACCACCCACUAAAUAUACGUGGGGUGAUUCAGCACUACAGCACCCCCGCUUCUCAGGGGCAUGUGUACGAAAGGCUCCGUCCCAAAUGGUAAAGUUCCUACAUGUCUAUCCUCGACAGAAUAACAUUCCAUGACUCUUCGUGGUUUUUUGUAGUGGUAACAAAUUUGGUAAAGGUCAAAUUGUAAACUUACAUUUUCCAUUUGUACUUUGCAUGCGUUUCAAUGGUACUGAUAUUGUUCAUUUGAAUAUGUAAAUAUCAAUAAUAAUUUUAAAAGUGGCGAUAAGUGUUCUUCUCUAUAUAAGUGGCUGUACAGUCUUUGUAAAGUAUGUUUGGUCACUUUCUUAUCACACAAAAACCACCCGUUCACGUGUUCUACAUUUCAGAUACAGGUUAAGUGUUGUUCACAUUUGAAUAUUGUGUUAUUACAAAUUGUUGAUGAAUGAUUUACAAUGUGUUUUUAUAAGAAUAUGCAGAGGAGCAAAUAAGUCUUCUAUACUUUAUGUACAUUAUUAAAGCAAAUUCAAGGUAAACGGGAUUCCUUGCUUGCCGUUAAAGAUUUUUUUUUUGGUGGUUAUUUUAUCGAUUUGAGAUCAAACGUUGUAAAUAUUAAUUUGCUGUCAUUAUAGUAGAGGCGACCUCUUGGUAAUGGUGGUCAAAUAAUUUAAAGGGAAAUAGGUAGACUUAAAUUAUAUUUCCCUGCCCUGUUGGUCAAAUCUUGUCAGUAGCCUAAAUUUUACAUCUAUGGAAAGCAACUUACAUGUAAUAAUAAAAAUAAUAAUAAUAAUAGCCAAUUUCUAUGUAGCACUUUUUCCAGAACGGCUCAAAGCACUUUACAUCAUAUUAUUACCCCGGUCAUUGGAUUCAUUUCAAUCCCACACGAAAAGUGCACAAUUUCCACUCCCUGGGGAGCAUUCCUUGCAUCCAUGUACAUGAUGUAUAAGAUUUAAUUUUUGCCACAAUGUAUGAUAUGACCAAACAUCAACAGAACCUAAUCACUGCAAUUGUUUGAGAUUAAAUACUCACUGCUGAAUGCAGUGGAAUUCGCCUAAAUUACUGCUUGACUCUGCCAACCAUAGUUGUUUUUUUAAUUAACAGGUAUAAUUAUGGCUUGAUAUAAUUAUGAUAAAAUUUGAUUUUCAUCAAAUGCUGUUGUCCUGAGGUUGCGGAAUACUAACUAUUUAUUUAUUCAUUUGAUUAUUUAUUCAUUUAUUUAUUUCUGAUAUUUGUACAGGUUGGCACAUAUCAUCAAUUUGGUGAUCUUCCAUGUUGCCCUGUUAACAAAAAAGAACAACAAAUAAUAUUACUAAUAAUAAUAAAAGGCAAGUAAUGAACAAGCUAUAAUACAGUAAUACGUACAGGCACAAAAUGUAUGCAAACAUUACUAAGAAAAAAAUAUUGGUGUCCUUGGGAAUUAUGUUCAUUUGAUAAUCUCAUCAAAUAUGACAAUAAUCUAAGAAUCAAAUAUGUAAAUUUGGAUUUUGAAGGUAGAACAUAAAAUAGCAUAAUAAAUUAGAAAAAAAAAGGAAAUUACCAAAUAUCAAAAGUGAAAGAGUGAUUACCCAUAACCACAAAAAUUCAUAUAAACAGCUUGGUUUCACACCGUGAUUUCAAAGUAAGGAUACGCAAUCACUUUAAACCUACAUGUAUAUAGGAACGAACGAGCAUUGUGUUUUAUUUGCCUUCAUGUAUAUGAGUACUGUGAAGUAGGCAGUCUUCAUGUUUGUUCGUAUAAUUGAAAUCAAAUAGAAAAAUCAAUUGGAAUAUUGGUUUUACUUUCACUUCCUAAGAAUAUAGAAAUUUAACACCUGUUUACCUAUGUUCAACCCUGUUAAAACAAUGCCAGUGAUUUCGGACAUGGUCAUUUCUGCAAGAGCUGUAUAUCAAUUGACAAAGAGAAAACUUGGUGAUAGUUACUAUGACGAAUUCCAUAUUUUUCGAUCUUUAUUUACAACAUCUUCAGGAAUUCAAAUAUGACCAAAUCACACUGAAUGCAUUUGUAUCAUGUGAAGUACAUCAAUUAAAUAACAAAAAAAAAGGAAAAGAUAAUAAGAAAGAUAAUAAUUUGAAAAUUAGUUGUAUCGUCAGACAAAGAAAUUUUGUGUUAUGUAUGUCAUUUCCCAUGAUCAUAAUCGAUAAUGAAAAUUAUCAGAUGUAGCUUGAGUAAUCAUAAAUACAACCGUUAUUAGUGUUCACCAGAAUAUUUUGAAAGGAUAUCAUUACCUUUUCAGUCAUUGGUAAUAAAAGAUGCAUCCGGAUUAAUUCUCGUUUCAAUCUUGGACAAAUGUAUAAGAGUUUUGAGCACGUACAAUUAUUUCUUAUAUAAUGAUAUCGUGUUUUAUUGUCUUGACAAAAAAAAACUAAAUAUGAAAAGAUACUAUUUGGCUUAAGAUGAUCGUAUCGAUUUAUUGUUAUCUUUUUCACCACUCUCGAAAAUACGGGUCAGAGUGAUCCGGAAACCUGGUGACAUGCUGCCAAACGCCACUUCGGGAAGUUCGGGUAGAAAUACCCGACCCGGAGUAAGGUCCGAUGAGAAAGUUUGUGGAUCAGAUGUGACCCUUUCUGUGUCAUAUCGGACAUUAUUUACCUGUCCUUUUUUAUCCGCAGCGGACCAGGAACUGUCCCUGUUUUCGGCGUCAAUUUGACCCGCGAUUUUAAGACUGUAGACAUUAUUUUAAGACUGUGUUCGGCUGUUUGUCAUGAUAUUGGGAGAUAUGCUAUUAAUCAAACUACUGCUUGAUGUGAUGUAUUGCAAACACAUCAUUACAAUUGUAAAAAUAUAAAAAGCAUGAUGAGAUACUUAAUUGAUAAAAAUAUCAAAUAAAAAAAUUAAAAAGGAGAAAAACGGGAAAGCCGAAUUAUAUCUUUGUCAAUGUUGACCAAUAAAUUAGACCCUAGAGUGUAAAGUGUGUGAAUUCCUUAUGAAUGUAUGUUUUCUAAACUUACCUGUGGUUUUAGGAAUGUAUGAAUAAUAUUGACGUUCUAUGAACAAAAUAAUACAACUGCAA